AACCUGAACAAACCAACAGAGGACUUGGAGGCCUUAGAUUUCUAUGAUGUCAUAAAGGUCAGUCGUGUAUCAGAAGGAAGUGUUCUCUACAAGCCAUGAAGCUACAUGGUUGAUGCCAAUGGGAGGUGAGUUCACUUCAGGUCAGAACUGACUGCUUUAAACGAUAUAGCUUUGACUAUCCAGGCCUAUUCACCUUCUCAUCAAAACACCUCGGAAUCAUUUGUGUUUUUGAGAGUAUUUCCAGUGCACAGCAGUUUGAAUAUGUACUGCAUGAUCAUGAUAAAACAUGACUGAGACACAAGAGACUGCGCUUGAUGUCAGUGUUGAUGGAUUGCUAAGACACUGUCAUCUAGCUGAGUUCUCUCUCACGCACGCACGAGAAUUUGUCUGAAUUGAGAGUAACGCAGAACACAGUGUCAGACUCCCAGCAUUGUGAGAAAGACACACAGAGCACGGAGGCACAGUUAGGACGGAGUUGAGAUGAGGCCCAGGGCCUUGUCUGUCUGUCUGUCUGUCUGUCUGUCUGUCUGUCUGUCUGUCUGUCUGUCUGUCUGUCUGUCUGUCUGUCUGUCUGUCUGUCUGUCUGUCUGUCUGUCUGUGAGUCUGUCUGUGAGUCUGAGCCUGUGUGAGUGGACGGUGUUGACUGCCCCCUAGUCGACAUGGUUAGACAAUACCUCAAGCCUAAGCUGCAUCCCAAAUGGCAUACUAUUCCUUAUUUAGUGCACUAAUUUUGGUCAGAGGCCCUGGUCAACAGUAGUGCACUAAAUAGGGAAUAGGGUUCCAUUUGGGACUCGGCCUAAGAGAAUGAAGAAACCAUUAUCCAAGACCAUCCAUCUUAGCCUGUCUGGUUCUGCUCUCUCUGGCAUGACGACACCAUAAGGAGCAGAACCAGACAGGCAUGUAUCUACUCAAUCUCCCGAAAGUGAAAGUGAAAAAAGACAGGGCCUUUAAACGAGCACCACAAGCAAUAACUUCACCACCAAGGUUUUCCAGCACACAGCCUUGACGCCUGCCUGCUACAGUACUGACCUUUCACCUCUGUCUCUCUGUCUCCUCUCAUUGGCCCCCAGUGCAGCCAAUCCCAGCGGUGGUCAGGGUCAGGUGAUGCCCAUGGAGGAGUGGGGGUGUAGCUCAGGGUGGUGGGUGAGGGUGAGGGAGGAGCGGGGGAAGAGAGAGGACAGGCGGCUGGCGGGGGUGUGUGGUCUGGCUAACAGCGGUAACUCCUGCUACAUGAACGCUGUGCUGCAGUGUCUCUUCUCCACCGUGCCGCUGGUGGAACACCUCCUCAGCUCACACAGACACACCCAGCUGGCCAAGUAAGACCCUUGCUGGCUGUCUAUCUGUCUGUCUGUAUUAGAUUUUUUAAUAGUACUUUUUACCAGGUGCUCCAAGCACUUUACAUUAGAUGGGGGAAACUUACAUCCUCCAAUGCCUCUCCUCCUUCCUCUCCUCCCUCCCCUCCCUCUCUUCUCCCUCUCCUCCUUCCUCUCCUCCCUCCCCUCCCUCUCUUCUCCCUCUCCUCCCGUGCCACUCCUCUCCCUCCUCCCCAGGCGUAACAGUCCUGUAGCGGGGGUGUUUGUGCGCCUCCUCCAGGAGGUGUGGCAGGGUCAGGGGGGUACCAGCUUCACCUCCCCAGGGGAGAUGAGGGCCUUGGUCUCCUCCCUGCACCCCCAGUUCAACAACCAAUCACAGCAGGACGCCCAGGAGCUGCUCCUCCUCCUGCUCAACGCCCUGCAUGACGACCUCAAGGAAGUACACACAGACACACACAGUCCUGCCACAACACAGCUCCACCCACACAGACACACACAGUCCUGCCACAACACAGCUCCAUCCACGCAGCUCCAUCCACGCAGCUCCAUCCAUGCAGCUCCAUCCACACAGCUCCAUCCACACAGACACACACAGUCCUGCCACAACACAGCUCCAUCCACACAGACACACACAGUCCUGCCACAACACAGCUCCAUCCACGCAGCUCCAUCCACACAGCUCCAUCCACACAGCUCCAUCCACGCAGCUCCAUCCAUGCAGCUCCAUCCACGCAGCUCCAUCCAUGCAGCUCCAUCCACGCAGCUCCAUCCACGCAGCUCCAUCCACGCAGCUCCAUCCACGCAGCUCCAUCCACGCAGCUCCAUCCACGCAGCUCCAUCCAUGCAGCUCCAUCCACGCAGCUCCAUCCAUGCAGCUCCAUCCACGCAGCUCCAUCCACGCAGCUCCAUCCACGCAGCUCCAUCCACGCAGCUCCAUCCACGCAGCUCCAUCCACGCAGCUCCAUCCAUGCAGCUCCAUCCACGCAGCUCCAUCCACGCAGCUCCAUCCACGCAGCUCCAUCCACGCAGCUCCAUCCACGCAGCUCCAUCCACGCAGCUCCAUCCACACUGCCUCAUUCUCUUUCUUGAUUCCCUGCGUCCUCUCUCCUUGCCUCCUCCUCAAAACCCAUUGGAGGAGAAGGUCAGAGAGGAGGGAGGAGGAAAGGAAGAAUUUGAGAAAGAGCCAUUAACCUAAGAUCUGGGCCUCUAUGGCACAGCUGUGUGAGGUUAGAGUAAGGUUGGAGUAAAAGCCUGCACACACCCAGUACUAGCUGUCCAGGAAUAUGGUUGGCUGCCACCAUUAAGUUGUGUUCCCAUAGAGAAGCGGGAGAGGAGAUGGAGCUGCCACCACAUUGCUUACACCUAUCCAAUCCUUCCAGAUCUACACAAGUGUCUAGUGUCUAGGGGAUAUGGGAUAAGUGUCCAGGGGAUAAGUGUCUAGGGGAUAUGGGAUAAGUGUCUAGGGGAUACGUGUCUAGGGGAUACGUGUCUAGGGGAUACGUGUCUAGGGGAUAAGUGUCUAGGGGAUAAGUGCCUAAGGGAUAAGUGUCUAGGGGAUAAGUGCCUAGGGGAUAAGUGCCUAGGGGAUAGGGGAUAAGUGUCUAGGGGAUAAAAGGAUAGGGGAUAAGUGCCUAAGGGAUAAGUGUCUAGGGGAUAAGUGCCUAGGGGAUAGGGGAUAAGUGGAUAGGGGAUAAGUGGAUAAGUGGAUAAGGGGUAAGUGUCUAGGGGAUAAGUGUCUAGGGGAUACGUGUCUAGGGGAUACGUGUCUAGGGGAUAGGGGAUAAGUGUAUAGGGGAUACGUGUCUAGGGGAUAAGUGGAUAAGGGAUAAGUGUCUAGGGGAUAAGUAUCUAGGGGAUACGUGUCUAGGGGAUAAGUGCCUAAGGGAUAGGGGAUAAGUGUCUAGGGGAUACGUGUCUAGGGGAUAAGUGUCUAGGGGAUGAGGGCUAGGGGCUGAUUUGGUAUUCAGAUAGUGUGUUUAUCCUUUGUGUGUAUGUGUAUAUGAUUCCCUUGCUACAGAAGGGGGAGAGGCGUCAGACACGUUCUUCCCAGCGGUUGUGUCUGGGCAGGAAGUCCCUCAGCUCGGCGCCAGCGGCGGGGGAUUCUACGGUGGUGACACGUCUCUUCGAGGGACAGCUCAGCUACCAGAUGAUGUGUCUGAACUGCGACAGACACUCUCACAGCAACCAGGUCUUCACCAUCCUGUCUCUGCCUAUACCAGCUGACUCAUUCAAGUGCUCCCUACAGGUACAACUAACCACAUACAGACUAACCACAUACAGACUAACCACGUACAGACUAACCACGUACAGACUAAUCACACAGACUAAACACAUACAGACUAAACACGUACAGACUAAACACAUACAGACUAACCACAUACAGACUAAACACGUACAGACUAACCACGUACAGACUAACCACGUACAGACUAAACACGUACAGACUAAACACGUACAGACUAACCACGUACAGACUAAAAACAUAGACUAAAAACAUAGACUAAACACGUACAGACUAAAAACAUAGACUAAAAACAUAGACUAAACACGUACAGACUAAAAACAUAGACUAAAAACAUAGACUAAACACGUACAGACUAAAAACAUACAGACUAAUCACGUACAGACUAACCACAUACAGACUAAACACAUACAGACUAAUCACAUACAGACAGACAGUACAAUACUUCUUUCAGAUAAGGCCAGCAACCACACUCUCUUCUCCCGCUCUCUCUCUCUCGCUCCCUUCCUCCUUCCUGUAGGACUGCCUGUCGCUGUUCUUCCAGCAGAGUACAUUGACGUGUGGAGACCAGAAGUUGUGUCCAGAGUGUGGCGUGAAGAGAGACACAGCUGUCCUCACCAGCAUGGCCAAACCACCUGAGAUACUGGCGCUGCACCUCAAACGGUGGGUAGUUGCCAACCCAGCCCUCCCCACGGUAGUCACUAGAUGGCCAUGCUAUCACGCUAUAGUACAGAUGUAUUAGUGCUAAUGUAAAGGACGUCACGCUGCUUGCUUAGCGAGUACCGCCUCCUCCUUAUUCGGCUCAAACAGAGGCUCCAACCCAGAACCUUUGCCUUGCUAGCAGCACACGUGACCACCCUUCUGAAGCGUCUAACCCGUCGGUGCCACGCGGAGAGCUAGCUUAUCGCUGGCGCAAGUGGGUUCACCUCAGGCUGAGGAGUACGUUUCACACGUCCCCAUGUGCUCCACUAGCGGCGGUUUUAACCACAUUAACAUUUAACCCUAACUAGAGGUCAAUGUAACCCUAACUAGAGGUCAAUGUAACUCUAACUAGAGGUCAAUGUAACCCCAACUAGAGGUCAAUGUAACUCUAACUAGAGGUCAAUGUAACUCUCACUAGAGGUCAAUGUAACCCUAACUAGAGGUCAAUGUAACCCUAACUAGAGGUCAAUGUAACUCUAACUAGAGGUCAAUGUAACCCUAACUAGAGGUCAAUGUAACCCUAACUAGAGGUCAAUGUAACCCUAACUAGAGGUCAAUGUAACUCUCACUAGAGGUCAAUGUAACCCCAACUAGAGGUCAAUGUAACCCUAACUAGAGGUCAAUGUAACCCUAACUAGAGGUCAAUGUAACCCUAACUAGAGGUCAAUGUAACCCUAACUAGAGGUUAAUGUAACCCUAACUAGAGGUCAAUGUAACCCUAACUAGAGUUCAAUGUAACUCUAACUAGAGGUCAAUGUAACCCUAACUAGAGGUCAAUGUAACCCUAACUAGAGGUCAAUGUAACCCUAACUAGAGGUCAAUGUAACCCUAACUAGAGGUCAAUGGCAGUAAUAAUGUAACACUUCAUUAGAAAUACACUACCGUUCAAAAGUUUGGGGUCACUUAGAAAUGUCCUUGUUUUCGAAAGAAAAGCAAUUUUUUUGUCCAUUAAAAUAACAUCAAAUUAAUCAGAAAUACAGUGUAGACAUUGUUACUGUUGUAAAUGGCUAUUGUAGCUGUAAAUGGCUGAUUUUUAAUGGAAUAAUAUUUUUUAUCCCCCCUCCUCCCUCCUCCCUCUCUGUGGAUGACUUCGUCAACCAUUUUGAAAAGAAGGUUGACGACAUCCGAUCCUCGUUUGUUAAGUCAAAUGACACUGCUGGUCCUGCUCACACUGCCCUACCCUAUGCUUUGACUUCUUUCUCCCCUCUCUCUCCAGAUGAAAACUUGCGACUUGUGACGGCCGGCCGCCCAACAACCUGCCCGCUUGACCCUAUCCCCUCCUCUCUUCUCCAGACCAUCUCCGGUGACCUUCUCCCUUACCUCACCUCGCUCAUCAACUCAUCCUUGACCGCUGGCUAUGUCCCUUCCGUCUUCAAGAGAGCGAGAGUUGCACCCCUUCUCAAAAAACCAACACUCGAUCCCUCUGAUGUCAACAACUACAGACCAGUAUCCCUUCUUUCUUUUCUCUCCAAAACUCUUGAGCGUGCCGUCUUUAGCCAACUCUCUUGCUAUCUCUCUCAGAAUGACCUUCUUGAUCCAAACCAGUCAGGUUUCAUGACUGGUCAUUCAACUGAGACUGCUCUUCUCUGUGUCACGGAGGCUCUCCGCACUGCUAAAGCUAACUCUCUCUCCUCUGCUCUUGUCCUUCUAGACCUGUCUGCUGCCUUUGAUACUGUGAACCAUCAGAUCCUCCUCUCCACCCUCUCCAAGUUGGGCAUCUCCGGCGCGGCUCACUCUUGGAUUGCGUCCUACCUGACCGGUUGCUCCUACCAAGUGGCGUGGCGAGAAUCUGUCUCCGCACCACGUGCUCUCACCACUGGUGUCCCCCAGGGCUCAGUUCUAGGCCCUCUCCUAUUCUCGCUAUACACCAAGUCACUUGGCUCUGUCAUAUCCUCACAUGGCCUCUCCUAUCAUUGCUAUGCAGACGACACACAACUAAUCUUCUCCUUUCCCCCUUCUGAUAACCAGGUGGCGAAUCGCAUCUCUGCAUGUCUGGCAGACAUACAGUGGGGGGAAAAAGUAUUUAGUCAGCCACCAAUUGUGCAAGUUCUCCCACUUAAAAAUAUGAGAAAGGCCUGUAAUUUUCAUCAUAGGUACACGUCAACUAUGACAGACAAAAUAAGAAGAAAAAAAUCCAGAAAAUCACAUUGUAGGAUUUUUAAUGAAUUUAUUUGCAAAUUAUGGUGGAAAAUAAGUAUUUGGUCAAUAACAAAAGUUUCUCAAUACUUUGUUAUAUACCCUUUGUUGGCAAUGACACAGGUCAAACGUUUUCUGUAAGUCUUCACAAGGUUUUCACACACUGUUGCUGGUAUUUUGGCCCAUUCCUCCAUGCAGAUCUCCUCCAGAGCAGUGAUGUGUUGGGGCUGUCGCUGGGCAACACAGACUUUCAACUCCCUCCAAAGAUUUUCUAUGGGGUUGAGAUCUGGAGACUGGCUAGGCCACUCCAGGACCUUGAAAUGCUUCUUACGAAGCCACUCCUUCGUUGCCCGGGCGGUGUGUUUGGGAUCAUUGUCAUGCUGAAAGACCCAGCCACGUUUCAUCUUCAAUGCCCUUGCUGAUGGAAGGAGGUUUUCACUCAAAAUCUCACGAUACAUGGCCCCAUUCAUUCUUUCCUUUACACAGAUCAGUCGUCCUGGUCCCAUUGCAGAAAAACAGCCCCAAAGCAUGAUGUUUCCACCCCCAUGCUUCACAGUAGGUAUGGUGUUCUUUGGAUGCAACUCAGCAUUCUUUGUCCUCCAAACACGACAAGUUGAGUAUUUACCAAAAAGUUCUAUUUUGGUUUCAUCUGACCAUAUGACAUUCUCCCAAUCCUCUUCUGGAUCAUCCAAAUGCACUCUAGCAAACUUCAGACGGGCCUGGACAUGUACUGGCUUAAGCAGGGGGACACGUCUGGCACUGCAGGAUUUGAGUCCCUGGCGGCGUAGUGUGUUACUGAUGGUAGGCUUUGUUACUUUGGUCACAGCUCUCUGCAGGUCAUUCACUAGGUCCCCCCGUGUGGUUCUGGGAUUUUUGCUCACCGUUCUUGUGAUCAUUUUGACCCCACGGGGUGAGAUCUUGCGUGGAGCCCCAGAUCGAGGGAGAUUAUCAGUGGUCUUGUAUGUCUUCCAUUUCCUAAUAAUUGCUCCCACAGUUGAUUUAUUCAAACCAAGCUGCUUACCUAUUGCAGAUUCAGUCUUCCCAGCCUGGUGCAGGUCUACAAUUUUGUUUCUGGUGUCCUUUGACAGCUCUUUGGUCUUGGCCAUAGUGGAGUUUGGAGUGUGACUGUUUGAGGUUGUGGACAGGUGUCUUUUAUACUGAUAACAAGUUCAAACAGGUGCCAUUAAUACAGGUAACGAGUGGAGGACAGAGGAGCCUCUUAAAGUAGAAGUUACAGGUCUGUGAGAGCCAGAAAUCUUGCUUGUUUGUAGGUGACCAAAUACUUAUUUUCCACCAUAACUUGCAAAUAAAUUCAUAAAAAAUCCUACAAUGUGAUUUUCUGGAUUUUUUUUCCUCAAUUUGUCUGUCAUAGUUGACGUGUACCUAUGAUGAAAAUUACAGGCCUCUCUCAUCUUUUUAAGUGGGAGAACUUGCACAAUUGGUGGCUGACUAAAUACUUUUUCCCCCACUGUAUCAGUGUGGAUGACGGAUCACCACCUCAAGCUGAACCUCGGCAAGACGGAGCUGCUCUUCCUCCCGGGGAAGGACUGCCCGUUCCAUGAUCUCGCCAUCACGGUUGACAACUCCGUUGUGUCCUCCUCCCAGAGUGCGAAGAGCCUUGGCGUGACCCUGGACAACACCCUGUCGUUCUCCGCUAACAUCAAGGCGGUGACCCGAUCCUGUAGGUUCAUGCUCUACAACAUUCAGAGAGUACAACCCUGCCUUACACAGGAAGCGGCACAGGUCCUAAUCCAGGCACUUGUCAUCUCCCAUCUGGAUUACUGCAACUCGCUGUUGGCUGGGCUCCCUGCCUGUGCCAUUAAACCCCUACAACUCAUCCAGAAUGCCGCAGCCCGUCUGGUGUUCAACCUUCCCAAGUUCUCUCACGUCACCCCGCUCCUCCGCACACUCCACUGGCUUCCAGUUGAAGCUCGCAUCUGCUACAAGACCAUGGUGCUUGCCUAUGGAGCUGUGAGGGGAACGGCACCUCCGUACCUUCAGGCUCUGAUCAGUCCCUACACCCAAACGAGGGCAUUGCGUUCAUCCACAUCUGGCCUGCUGGCCCCCCUACCUCUGCGGAAGCACAGUUCCCGCUCAGCCCAGUCAAAACUGUUCGCUGCUCUGGCACCCCAAUGGUGGAACAAGCUCCCUCACGACGCUAGGACAGCAGAGUCACUCACCACCUUCCGGAGACACUUGAAACCCCACCUCUUUAAGGAAUACCUGGGAUAGGAUAAAGUAAUCCUUCUACCCCCCCUUACCCCACCCCCCAAAAAAUAAAAAUAAAAAAUAAAAAAAUAAACAUAUUGUAAAGUGGUUAUCCGACUGGCUAUAAGGUGAAUGCACCAAUUUGUAAGUGGCUCUGGAUAAGAGCGUCUGCUAAAUGACGUAAAUGUAAAUGAAUAUCUACAUAGGCGUACAGAGGCCCAUUAUCAGCAACCAUCAGUCCUGUGUUCCAAUGGCACGUUGUGUUUGCUAAUCCAAGUUUAUCAUUUUAAAAGGCUAAUUGAUCAUUAGAAAACCCUUUUGCAAUUAUUGUUAGCACAGCUGAAAACUGUUGUGCUGAUUUAAAGAAGCAAUAAAACUGGCCUUCUUGAGACUAUUUCAGUAUCUGGAGCAUCAGCAAUUGUGGGUUUGAUUUACAGGCUCAAAAUGGCCAGAAACAAAUCACUUUCUUCUGAAACUCGUCAGUCUAAUCAACAGGAAAGAAAUCAGCUUCACCUCUGCUGCUGCUGCUAUCAUGCAUCUCAAUGAGACAAACCUGUAUAAAUAGCGGUUCAUUAUUUAAAACUAAAAACCGCUGAACCUGUGUGACAUUACAGUUUUGGUUGCCAUGGGAGCGAGAAGAGGAAGUUGAGGACCAAUGUGUUGUUCUCAUUGGACAGUUUGGACCUGACCCCCUUCCUGUCAAGCCCCUCAGCCAGUCACACCAGCUACUCUCUCUACGCGGUGGUGGUGAGUUUCUGUUCACACACAGGCACGCACACACAUAUCCACCACAGGAGGCUGCUGAGGGGAGGACGGCUCAUUAUAAUGGCUGGAACGGAGCAAAUGGAACGGCAUCGAACACAUGGAAACCAUGUGUUUAAUGUAUUUGAUACCAUUCCACCUAUUUCGCUCCAGCCAUUACAACGAGGCUCUCCUCCCCAAUUAAGGUGACACCAACCUCUUGUGAUAUACACCCACACACACACACACACACACACACACAUAGAAACACACACACACCUACACAUGUGAACGCACAUACACACAUUCAUACACCUGAUGCUCCUGUCUCGAAAAACACACAGAUAACCAUGAACACACAGAUAACCAUGAACACACAGAUAACCAUGAACACACAUGAAUCCACCGGUGUGUGUGUGUCUUCACCCCCCCUCCAGAACCACACAGGAGACCUAGACAUGGGUCACUACACAGCCCUGUGCCACAGUACCCUGUCCAGCAGCUGGCACCACUUUGACGACACGGCCGUGAGCGAGGUAGUGGACUUCUUGGUGCAGUCUCCUAACGCCUACAUUCUGCUGUACAGCCGUCAGCCCUUCCACAGAGCCACCAUACCCCGGACCUGA